AUGGAGCUAGCAGUUGGCAGUGAGCCCAUGACGCUGGGCUCCCCCACCUCUCCGAAGCCCUCCCUGGGAGCACAGUUCCUCCCCGGGUUCCUCAUGGGUGACCUCCCUGCGCCCUCCAGCCCACAGUCCCGCCCCUUCAGCCUGGGCACGCCCCUCCACGACUCCUCACAAGUGCUGCUGCCCUCCGCUGCAUCGGGCCCCGGCAGCGCGGCCCCUGCACCAGUCGUCCCCACACCGAAGGACAAGAGCGGGGCCCCUCCUGUCCGCAGCAUCCACGCAGAGCUGCUCAGCGGCGGGACCCCGGUGGCCCCCCACAGACAGUCGUUCCCGAUGAUGCAGUCUCCUCUGUCGGCGCGGCAGUCCUCCACACCGGGAGCAGGGAUCUCGCAGCUGUGCAUGUCGCCCGCCCAGGCGGACCCCUUCUACAGCCAGGGUGAGGCCCUCAGCUCUCAGGACCAGCUGGACCAGACCUGGGUCACCAUCUUUGGGUUCCCUCCGGCGUCGGCCUCCUACAUCCUGCUGCAGUUUGCUCAGUACGGGAACAUCCUCCGCCACUCGAUGGCAACGCCUGGGAACUGGAUGCACCUGCAGUACCAGUCCCGGCUUCAGGCGCGGAAGGCUCUGUCCAAAGAUGGAAAGGUGUUUGGAGACUGCAUCAUGGUGGGAGUGAAGCCCUGCAUCGACAAGAGUGUGAUGGAGAGCCCAGACGUGUCCAGCCCCCUCCCCUCUUCCACCUCCUUCUGUGCAGCACUGCCUUCCACGCCACGCUCCGCCAUCAGGCCCCUCAGUGCCACUCAGCGCGCCUCCGCCAGCGACUACCAGGUGGUGACUGACAGACUGACCCCCAGGAAAGAUGACAGCUUCGUGACCAAGGCCCUGGAGUACAUGCUGGGCUGGUGA